GUCCCCCCGGGGGGGAUGGGACAAGUGGUCCGGGGUAUCGAGAAGCAGCUGUUGGGCCCUCAGUGUGAGGCAGGAGUCCCUGAGAUCACGGUGCAGGUUCAGCCCGACACCAUCGCCAUGCCCCUGGGUCAGAGGAGUGAGCUGUGGAAGCUGGAGGAAGACCCCGGUCCAGGACCGGGACAGGGCCUGGAGGAGGCAAAGCAGUGCGGGGCUGGAGGGGAGGAGACCCUACCUCCCUCCUCCGCCUCUGCCUCCUCCCAGUCCACCGUCCCUUCCCUCUCUUGCUCGGCCCUGUCUCUGGGCCCCCAGGAGGAGGGGUCUGCUGCGGGGACCCCGAGUCCUCCCCAGAGCCCUCAGAUGGCCUGCCCCUUGCCCGCGGCCAUGGCAGCCACUGCCUGGAGCCCGCCCGACCAGGGCUCCAGCAGCUCAGAUGAGGAGGGGUCCAGCACCGGGGAGGAGUCCGAAGAAGCCGAGCCCAGGCUCUCUGACAUACUCCAAGAGAAGACAGCUGACCUGGUGGGGUUCCUGCUCCUCAAGUAUCUCACCAAGGAGCCGGCCAGCCAGGCGGAGAUGCUGGCGAUCGUCGGCGAGGAUGAGCAGGCCGCCUUCCCCGGGAUGCUGGGCCAGGCGUCCGAGUGCAUGCGGCUGGUGUUCGGCGUGGAGGUGAAAGAAGUGGACCCCAGCGAGCACUCCUACGUCCUGGUCACCGUCCUGGGCCUCACCUGCGAUGCAAUGCUGAACGGUGAGCAGGGCCCGCCCAAGACCGGCCUCCUGGUGGUGCUCCUGGCGGUGAUCCUCCUGGAGGGCGACCGUGCCCCCGAGGAGGUGGUGUGGGAAGCGCUGGGGGUCAUGGGGGUGUAUGCCGGCGAGGAGCACAUCAUCUACGGGGAGCCCCGGGAGCUCCUGACCAACGUCUGGGUGCGGGAAGGGUACCUGGAGUACCGGCAGGUGCCCGGCAAUGACCCUGUCCGCUACGAGUUCCUGUGGGGUCCCAGGGCCCACGCGGAAACCAGCAGGAUGCAGGUGCUGGAGUAUUUGCUGCGGGUCUAUCCUGGGCUGCCGGUUUCCUCCCUGGCCCCCUCUGAAGAGGCUGUGAGCCAUGAAGAAGGGAGGGCCUGAGCCCCAGGGGUGGCUGUGGUGCGGUCCGGGCCCUGGCAGGGUGGGCAGAUUGUGCUCAGGGUGCCGGGCACGAAGUGAGGCUGUUUCUUGGUUCUUCCCUGUUGGGGGAUGUGUGUGUGUGUGUGUGUGUGAAGAGAGAGCCCUGGGAUUUCGAAGCAGUGCAGGGCCAGGGAGGUUUGGGGGAAAAUGCAGGGCAAAGAGCCUCCUUUGGGGAUGUGGAGGGCGGUUCCCUGCGAUGCCUCCCAAAUUCAAAGCUCGGUGUCCCUGGUGAGCUCUCCAGUGGGUUCCUUGGCGUAGGAGGUUUCAUUGGCUUCAGUGGCUGAGUGUGUGCGUGACAUCCCCCAACACAGCGUUUGUCCUGACCCAGUUCAAGAGUUACGAGUUUUGUCAUGUCCCGGGGCCGUCUGGGGGACUUUGUUGGUUACGCAUCUGCCUUCAGCUCAGGU